GGCACGUUAAAAGGCGAGCUUCCCCCUCGCCGACCAGUAAGGAAGUCGCUCGCGCGCCCUGCGGCACCGCUCCCCCCCCCCCGGCACCCGGACAUGCGGCGCCACGCGCGGCCCCUGGGCGUGCUGGCAGCCGUGGCCAAGGGACUCUUCCUCCUCUGGGCCGUGCCAGCGCGGAGCGCGCAGCCCCCGACCCUGCAGCAGAUCCACGCCCUGGUGCGGCACAUGGCCGAGGACGCGCGGGAGCUCUUCUUCUUCUACGAGCAGGAGCAGCACCUGGCCUUCACCCGGCUGUGCCGCACCAACGCCUCGCUGGAGUGGCUGCGGGGGACGGUGGUGACGGGGACCGGGGGGCUGCGGGCACUGCACGGGGCCAUGGCCCGCAUGGACCGGGCGCUGCAGGGCAUCAGCCAGCACCAGCGCGACCUCCACCCCCCCGGGGCCCCCAUCCUGCGCCGCCUCGACAGCACCCGCCUGAAGGUGCGGGGCCUCCUCAGCAACCUGGAGGGAGUCCUCCACGCCCACGGCAUCGUCCCCACCGUCCCCACCCUGCCCCGGCUGCCGGCGGCCACCGGAGUCUUCCAGCAGAAGUUGGAGGGGUGCCGGAUCCUCUGGAGCUACGCACGCUUCACGGAGCAGCUCAGCACCCAGCUGGAGGAGCGAGGGCUGCGGGCGCGCCGGGAGGAGAGGAGGCAGCAGCGGCGAGGCCGGCGGCGAGGCCGGCGGCCAGCGAGGUCCUAGGGAGCCCCUGCCACCCCCGCUGCUGUCACCCGAGCUGUCCCCAGCGCCCUGAAGCUUGCGGUUGGAUGCGGAGAGCCCGGCGCGCGGCUGGCGCUGGCACAGACGUCCCCCAGGUGCCACCGCGUGUGGAGGGCAACAUCGGCCAGCGGGGUCACUCUGGGUUGGUGACGUCCCCCGUUUGCCAGCCCUGCCUGAUUUUCCAGUGAUUCAAUGGGUCUGGUGACACGGCCUGACUAAGGGGCCGCUCGCACGGCACCCGCACGCCCGGCGCAGGCAGGGUGCAGCCCCAGACCGACCCUGGCCGCUUGUGCCACCGGCUUGUCACCGAUAUGUCACCCCCUGCCUGCCUCUUGAGGGGUUCGCUGAACCCAGAGAGCAUCUGAGGGUGGCUUUCCUUGAGCCUGGCGUCCCUGUGAGCUUGGUGUCCCCAUGAGCCUGGUGUCCCCGUGCACUCUGUGAGCGCAGUGUCCCUGUGCUCAUCCCUGCACGCCUGCUGUCCCCGUGCCUGUCCCCAUGCCUCAUGUCCCUGCAUUGUGUCCCCUCAGCAUCCCCGUGCCCACCCCUGGGCCCUCGGUGUCCCCAGCGUCCCCGAGCCCUGCACUGUGCGGGUGGGCACCGGUCCCCCAGUAACUUAUACGUGACAGUGGUGCAGCUCCCCUAUUUAUUGAAACCAUCGGUUUAAUUUAAUAUAUCCCUGCACCUGGGAGAAAUAUUUAAGGAUACCUUUUUUAAUAUAUAAAUUAUAUAUAUAUCUAUUUUUGUUAUUUUUUUUUUUUGUACUGUGUUAAGCUGUAAAGGUAACGAUGUUUUAUUUAUGAAUCUAAAUAUUAUUUUGUACUGGGAGAAGGGCACCACCGGGCCAUCCUGCCCAGGUGGUGCCCCCUUAUUUUUAUAUCACAGCAGAUGGAAAUAAAGCAUUGACCUCGGCCCGUGGGCUGCUGCCUCUGGCCUGGCA